AUGACAAUGUGUGAAUUGGGAGUGCCCGUUCUCUAUCUUCCCGAUGCGAUCGGUUUCGCCGAAGGAUGGCUCAACUUUUUGCCCGUUCAAUAUCCAUUUUUACUUCCUUUCGAGUCAAAGCUAAAGUUGUUGAAUUGGCAGUUGUGGUUAUUCUGGAUUUUUGUCUACAUCUUUUUCAUUUUUCCUCCACCAUUAGCUGGUUUUCUUCUAACUUACACGAAUCGAGCAGGUGAAAUGGUGUCGUUGAUGGCUCCAGAAGUGGUUGAAGUCUUUCACUCGAAUCCAGAGCGAGUCUUCGCCUAUGAAUUCCAUGGGAAUAGCUACGUUUUAAUCGUCGUCUCCACUUACUUGAUCAGCAUCACCGGUUUAGGAGUCUUAUCAACAUUUUUCCUCUCCUCGAUGAUCUCCGGCUUGACUGCCUACACAAUGCACCUCAGUCCGCAAACAAGACGCAUUCAAAAGGAGAUCAUUCUUCUCUUCUCCGUUCAUACGUCAGUGAUUGCCGGUUUUCUCGCUGGGGGUGUCUUGAUCGUUUUGACUCCACUUUUGAUGGGCAUCCGGCAGCAAGAGAUGAACUUUUAUGGGAUAAUUUUCAUGAGUCUGAAUGGGAUUGUAGCGACUCCAAUGUGGAUUGCUUCUUGUAAAAGUUAUCGAGAUUUCAUUCAAAGAUUGAUUUCAAGAGCAUUUCCAAAAUUGGCCUCACGAUCAACAAUCAUCGAGACGACCUACACAAAACAUUCGACACUUGUUCAACCAAUGAAAAGAGAAACGAGAAACGAGCUAUAU